CGCGCGCACAGAGUGAACAGUUACCAACACCUCACUCUCAUCAUCCCUGUUAUUAUCGAAUAGAGGGGCACACUGUUAACUUGCUGGAGCCGCUCACCGCGGGUGACCAUUAUCAUGACCAUCAUGCACCGUUCGCCGGACAGCAGGACUUGAGACCUGCAGUCUAUCUCCAGUGUUCCUGUUCCUUGACUAUCCUCAUUUACUACACCCAGAUUUCCUGCACUUCCAUCAUCUGCCCUUUUAAAAAUUAUUAAACACUGGAACUAAUCAUGCUGUGGAAAACGGGACUGAUCUUUCUGUGCUGGGGCUUGACGUCCGGGCAACUCCAGGACACGCAGUCCAGCUCUCCUUCAGCUCCAGGGCGGAGAACUUUGGAUUUCGGCUUCGUGCCCUCCGGAGUUUACGAGACCGUCGCCUAUUACGAGCCUGGAGCCAUUGGGAUUUUAUUUAACAUGAUGCACGCUUUCCUCUUUGUGGUUCAGCCUAACCCGUUUCCUGAAGAUCUCGUCAUAAGAGUGGCGAAGGAUAAAUUCGGGGCCAUACAAUCUGAGUACCAGAAGCCAGAAAACAUUGUUCUGACGCUACAGGUGAUUUAUUAUGAGAUUGGUUUUGUGGUUUGCGCUGCUCUGGGCCUGCUGUUCACCGUGCUGCUGCCGGUGGUAGGGCUUCUCUUCUGUUUAUGCCGCUGUUGUGAUAACUGUGGAGGAGAGAUGCACCAGAGACAGAGGAAGAAUGCAGACUGCCUUAGAGGACUGCUGACCACACUUCUACUCACCUCCACCUUUAUUAUCACGGCAGGGGUCCUUUGCGCCUAUGCAGCCAAUCAGAACCUGAGUUCUCAGUUGAAGAACAUGAGGAGGCUCGUAAAGAAUAACCUGAAAGACCUGCACACCUUCGCUGAUCAGACCCCAGCACAAAUUGAUUACCUGAUCUCUCAGUAUGGCACUGUGAAGGAUCAUGUGCUUUAUGACCUGGACAAUGUAGGUUUGCUCUUGGGUGGAAGGAUACACGAGGAGUUGGGGAAAGAUGUGCAGCCUGCACUUGAUGUGGCACUCAGCAUAGCCGGAAUCAAAGUGGAGAAAGCAACUAAAGCAAUGCAGGACACUAAGGAUGCUCUGGAGAACGUGAGUUUGACCUUGGAGACUUUGCAGGAAGGAACAGGCAAACUGCAGUCUAACCUGAGCAUGGUGCGUGGCAGCCUUAGCAACGCCCUUAAUGAUCCUGUCUGCACAGACUUGCGCUCAAAUGCAGCGGAGAUCUGUCGAAAUAUACGUAGUGCCAUUCCCAGGCUAGAAAUCGCAGCCAACUACUCAUCGUUGCCCGAUGUGACUGACAAGUUAGACAAAGUGAAUGAAGUCCUAAAGACUGAUCUCAGCCAUAUUGUUGAGAAGGGGUUUGCAUCAUUCAAUGACACUCCCACCAUGGUAACAGAGCAAACCCGAAAUGUUGUUGAGGGGGUCAAAGUUCUGCUGGAUGACAUUGGCUCUAACAUCACCAAUUUCACCAAGCUCUUCCCAGUUCACAGCUCUCUGACCAACUUCACCAAAAUGAUUACGCACACACACUCACAAAUUGAGGACAUCUACCCAAAGAUUGAUCAGCUGGACUUCUACAGGUGGAUCUGUUGUAUUACUCUGUGCUGCAUGGUGGUGCUUAUCCUCACCUUCAAUUUUUUGGGUCUGUUGUGCGGUAUUCUGGGAUUUGACAGACACGCUUCCCCAACCACACGUGGCUGCGUCUCUAACACAGGAGGAAACCUGCUCAUGGCUGGUGUGGGCUUCAGCUUCCUGUUCUCCUGGGUGCUCAUGGGUGUUAUAACAGCCCUGUUCAUGGCAGGGGGGAAUCUCGAGAAGCUUGUGUGUGAACCCUUCCAAACCCGACAGCUGUUCAAGGUGUUAGACACUCCCAACCUGAUCCACCCUGGCUGGAGAAACUUCAUUCCAGGAUACCUGUACCAUGACCCUGAAAUGGAUCUUACAGUGGAUUCUCUCUACAGUAACUGUAAGGACAACAGGGGGAUUUACGCAGCUCUUCAUCUGGAUAAGAUCUUCAACCUCUCAUCCUUCUUUAACACCAGUGUUUACUCCAAGGACAUGUCAAGGAAGUUUGAAGGGGUGAAAGUAGACCUGCGGGGUAUCAUUCUGCUGGAGUCGGAUGGCAAACAGAAUCUCAUCAGCUUCACUGAAACCGGCAUCACUGAGAUUAACUUUGCUGCCUAUUUGGAGGAGCUUAAUAAAGGAGUGACUCGCAUUGAUCUACUCACUUUUGCCAAUGACCUCGAUACUCAAGCAGAUCAAUUGCCUAAAGGGACCUUGCAGACCUCAUUAAAGGGACAUGCUAACACUAUAAGACAAAUCCACAUCCAGCAAGUCAUUCCACUGGAGCAAUCCAUGAAAUAUGUGAAAGCAAGGAGCACACUUAAUCACAGCAUCAGACUUCUGGAGAGGACUGCCUCAGAUUUGCCUAUCAGAGUUUCAGAAGUACUAGCAGCCGUUGAUGCCGCCCAGUUCAUAAUUUCCCACAAUGCGACAUUUGUGGUCCUUCAGGAAACGGAGAAAUACAAGCAGACUAUCAUUGGCUAUUUCAAGCAGUAUAUGGACUGGAUCAGAACAUCUCUUGCCAUGGAGGUAGCAACCUGUAAACCACUCAGCAACAUUGUGGACACGGCUGAGAUCCUGGGCUGCAGUUUCCUGCUGGAUUCAAUGAACACAUUCUGGUUCGGACUGGGCUGCUCCACAUUGUUUCUGCUUCCUAGUAUCAUCCUAUCCGUGAAGCUUGCCAAGUUCUACCGUAGAAUGGACACAGAGGAUGUCUAUGAUGACAUUGAGACAAUUCCCAUGAAAACCAUCCCUACCUAUGACACUAUGACUCGAUUCCCACGGGCCUCUGCACCCCCUCGCCAUGCCGACUGGUGACUCUGAGGAGGAGGGUCAGUUUUUUAACUACAGAAAGUGCUAUUGGAAACUGGAACUGAACCUUUGUGGAAUACCCUCUUGGUGAAUGACAAGCUCAGCUUACAGACAGACAACAUUAAGAAAAGGACACUCAUACUUGCAGCUGGGGCCUGUUGUCCAUGUACCUGAAACAUAAUUUUUAUUGAUUUUUGUUUUUUUGUUUUGUUUUUGUCAACAAAAUGAUUUGUUUUUAUUUUGACUAUUUUGCACCCUUAAAAUUAUAGUACUGUCUAAUGGACUGUCACUUCAAUGAGCUAUUCUCUGUUGUCACAUUCUGUCACAGAGUCAGGGAUGCUUCACGGUAUAUGGCUGUUUUAAAUACAACAUGUGUCUUUGUUUACAGUCUUUGAGAAGUCAUGUGACAGGCAUAACAAUGCUUUUACUGCUGCAUUUGUUUCUUGUUUUUGUUGGGUUUCUUUUCUUUUUAUAGUGCUUUUUGGUUUUUAACAUUGUGGAGAAUGAAAUAUGUUGAAGUAAUUUCUCUGAAUUUUAACUCUGUACCUCAGAGUCUAAAGGGAUUGUUGUUGUUGAAACAGAGCAAGCCAGCCACCCAUGAGCCACAAAUAAUACACAGAACAAACAUGUGUAACAUAGGUUUUCUAAGAUAUGCUUGAAGUGCUAACUACUGUAUGUGAGAGAGUACUAAUCUGGUAAAGAUAGUUGUUGUCAAGCUAUUUCAAAGGUGAAUGGAUUGUUGCCUUUUCAUAUUUGUAGCUCGUUGUACGUUAGCCAUGGCCAGGUGUUAGUUUUACGAUCAUAGGUAAUUGUGGUUGCAAUCUUAACCACAUGUAUGCAACUGAUAUCCGAUUAGCAGUUUAAGUUCUCGCUUUUUGUACUUGGAAAAUUCAAGAAAUGAUGCAUCUAGUUUUGGUAAAACCCCUAAAAAAGAUCAUGGCAGUUUUUAUAUGUACUUUGGUUUUUCUUAAUAUCUCAGUUAUUAAUUUCUAAUAGCGGACUUCACUAACAGUUAUUCUCCAACACAUUGUUGGAUUACUGUACUGUACACCUGGUGAUAUACAAAAUUGCUUUUUGACACCAAAUCCUGUUUUGUGUAGGUCUCAGGUCUUAGGGUUUUUUAUUUACUUGAUAUAACAAUUAUUGUGGGCAUGCAUCUGUUGAUAUGUGAAAUUAUUUUCAAAAUUAAAACGAGUGAAUGUACAUCAGAGACAUUUGGUUGUAUGAGAGCAAGAGAAGAACACAGAGCCCAUUUACAGGAGGUUAGGAUUUGACUUUACACUUUACUUGACGACUUUUAUGGAGCCUAUUUAAUGCUGUCAUAGACAAUGAUGUCACCAAAUAUCUCAACCGUUGUUAAUGUCUGGGUAUAUUUUAGAGCCAUUCUGUCAGGUGCUACAUAUUUUUGCUCAGAACCUCUGUUACUGCAUUGCUACAUUUUGUAUAUGACAGUGUUAUUAAGGCCUCAGGUAAAGUGUUGUUCUUGAUUUACAGUAUAUCCAGAAAGCUCCCUUUUCUGUUCACCUCAAAAUCUCACUGUUCUUCCAUACCAGGCAUAGCAUGUGCAUACUUGCUGUUCAAGCUUGCUCAAAGAUGUUUAGUUGUGGUAGGAAUGGUUGUCUGUGCCAUUGGUUUUCAAGUACAUGUGGUUAGGCUGGCUAAAACUGUAAAAUAUUGUGAAUAAAGUUUAAGAUUAAAAUAA